AUGACGGCUGAAACUAGCUCAAAGCUCGGUCUUGACCUUGAGAAAAUGAACUCGGCGAGACGGAUUCGCCGUUUUGUUGGCUUCCCUGCACAAGCGAAGCUGAAGGACCGCCAUGGUGGCCUCUUCGAUACGACUGGGAAGAAGGACGGCUACGAUAGUCUUCCCGAUGCAACGGUGAAGGAGGUCCGCCAUCCCGAGGGGCGGCGAGUUUGCUUCGCCGACACAUCGACCGAAGAGAGCACCGAGGAAACGAGCCAGAGUUCAUCGCGGGCGUUCUCAGAGCUUCACUUCGAGGACUUCCGGAUGAACCUGCCUGCUGCUCGUCCCACCUCGGCAUCUGCUGGCUAUUGGGACCGCUAUAGCAGCCCGCCGCAGUGCAGGCCCGACUUCAUGUCCGUGGCGUCGUCUACGACUUUACCGCUCGAGGGAGCUCCGUCAACGCCAGCUGGCUUAUUCCCGGAGGAACCGGCGAUCCCUUCUAGUCUCCUGUUACUGAGACCACGUUUACAAGCCACGAGGUCAUCGCUCGAGGCGAGCUGGCCUAACGCCUUCGAGCGGGAUUCGUCAAGCGGCACCUUCCAACCAGCGCCACCUCCAGAUGACCGCGGCGCUUCCGCGCUCUCCUGGCUUCCCAGCAUUGUCAUCGGGGUACUGGUGGCUGCGAUGCUGACCGUGGCACUAACCUUAGCGCUGACCAUGGACCUGCAGGACGCGGACGUCGGAGAUUGGCCAGCUUCUCCGGUACAGAGCUUCAUGGGGAAUAUCGGCUCGGGCAGGGCUGCCAUCCCACCGGGUCCCGUGUUCAAGCCUCAGGGACGAAGACCAGGAGCGAAAUUCCGCCCCAUAUCGGAAGCUCACAACGUAACCCGCCAGUCACGAACUGUUGGGAGAGCGCAGCGCAGAGACAGGGCGUUGGGCGUGCAGGGACCCCGCCUGCCGAGCCUUGGCGUCAGCAACAGAACGCUGUCUCACCGGUGCGGCCGCCACAUGUACACCUACUGCCAGGAAGGGCGCAGCGAAGUCUACUACAGUGCCUCCUUGCGUACCUGUACUUCAACGGAGGCUGACAGCGUGCACGUGUGUAAUCACGGCGUCAACCGAUUCACCAGCCUCGACAGCUGCCACAUAAGCUGCGUGCACGCGUCGAGCGGGAGGCCGCAAGACCGAUGCUAUGAGGCCGCUCUCUUCACCACCUGCUCGUGGCAAGACGUGGCCGAGACUUGGUGGUACUACGACGGCGCUGUAUGCACCCAGUGGAGCCUCCCGCUGGGCAACUGUCCUCUCCAGGUCGAGCGGGUGUUCCGAAGCCGACGCGUGUGUGACGACACGUGUAUUCUGCGUCGGGAGGGAGAAUACAGUGGCGAGCAACAACGCUGCGACGCCCCCGACGCCGCCACCUGCACUCCGCGGCAGCUGAAGUACCCGUACUUCGCCAGCAUGCGGGCGAACGGGGCCGCCCGCUGCAUCAGUGCCUCAAGCCCCGAACUCAAGGCGCAUCGCUGCCUCGUCGGCACGAACCGAUUCGAAUCGGUGGCGAGCUGCGAACGGGCCUGCGCCGAUAUGUGACGCAUUCUGCGAAGAAGCAGUAGUUUCGUCGCAGGCUGCGGUAUUGAACCCGCGAAUAAACAUGACGCGAACGUCGCUGA